CAUUAUUCAAACUGCAGAAGACGAAGGAGAACCUGGCGCGAUCUCUAUCUCUCACUCUCUCUCUUUCUCUCUGACGGUUCGAGUGGAAGAUGAUUGAUCAGAAACCCUAGUCACUUAGCAGAGCAGCAUAAGGUAAUCGAGAGCAAGUCAAUGUUGGGGUGUCCCGAAAUGGAAAAUCAGAUGAGAGUGUUCUGCUCCGAGAACGAAGGGCUUGCUCAGUACAUGAGGCAUAAGACGCAGGAACUGGCGGACGCGCCGAAAGGGUUGUCGGAGAACACUUCAAUGACUCUCAACAAGGCUUACCUCAGCGUCUGCAGCUCCAAAACUCCCAUCACCUCCCUCAAGGAGUUCUCUCAAGUCAAGGGCGUGGGGAAAUGGAUCCUCAGGGUCAUGAAAGGCUUUUUCGAGAAUGAUUCCCAAGGUUCUGAUCCUGAAAAUCUGAACAACAAGAAAGGUAAGAAGAAUAGUAAGGGAUCCAAACGUUAUCUUCCCCAGAAGAAUUCUGUGGCUUAUGCAUUACUGAUUACUCUUUACAGGGGAACCUCUAACGGGAAUGAAUUUAUGCAUAAGCAGGAGCUCAUUGAUGCAGCUGAAGCCAGUGGACUUUCCCGGGCUCCGAUCGUUCCAGAAAAAGGACAAGGAAAGCCUAGCCAAUUUGGAAGUUCUCCGAGGGAAUGGUACAGUGGAUGGAGCUGCAUGAAGACAUUGAUUACGAAGGGAUUAGUUGUGAAGUCCAGCUGUCCAGCAAAGUAUAUGCUUUCUCAGGAAGGCAAAGAAGCUGCACGUGAAUGUCUGACAAGAUCUGGUCCAGUGGAUUCUACUAAUAGCAUUUGCCAAGGAUCCUUUGACUUGGAUGGUGAUGAUCCAUCAAAUCCUGCAUUUGACAGCUCGGAUUCUUCUCAAGAAUUGAUGAUUCAGCAACAUUUGCCUAAGAAUCCUGCCAAAUCUCAUCGAAGGGGCGAGGGUACCUCAAAACUUGGGCCGAGUUCUUUUCAUUGUCUCCAGGAAGAUAAAGCCUACAGCUCGCAGUUUGAAUCUCGCUCUUCAACAGAGGAUUGCAGUAUUCAUGGAAGUGUGGAUGGUAGGUUGGAUCUUUUGGGAAGUCAGAGCAGGUCCACAGAGUUUUCCAGGGAUCUUCACAGCAGAGACAGUUAUAAAUCUGCCGAUUCAUCACAAAACUCGUUCAGUCUGAGGCCUUGCUCCUCAUCUGAUAACUGUUUGAAGGAGGCAAGUUCAUUGUGCUCGGAAGCUAGUAAUGUUUUAAGCAGGCCUCCUUUGAGUGCUGGGGAAAAUUUUGAGGAUGCAUAUGAAGUAAUUUUAAUAUUGGAUGAUCGGGAGCAGUUUGCCACUCGUGGGUCGAGGUCAAGGAGAAUAAUUGACAAUGUUUGCGUGCAAUUCAAAAUUAAGAUAGAGGUUAGGCGGCUGCCAGUUGGAGAUGCAAUCUGGAUUGCUCACCACAAAUAUCUCGAUGACGAAUAUGUUCUUGAUUUUAUUGUUGAGAGGAAGAAAGUUGAUGAUCUGCGCAGUUCCAUUUGUGAUAACCGCUACAAAGAUCAGAAAGUGAAGCUUUUGAGGUGUGGGCUCAAAAGGAUAAUAUAUGUCGUGGAAGGUGAUGCAAACUUUUCUGAAGCUGCUGAAAGCAUAAAGACAGCUUGUUUUACCACUGAGAUUCUCGAAGGAUUUGACGUGCAGAGAACUAGUGGCUUAGGGGAUACGCUGAAGAAGUACGGUUAUCUCACACAAGCAAUAACUCAUUACUACACGUUAGAGCACCCAGAAGAAGCUUUACUUAAAGCUGGGGUAUGCCCUCGGUUUGAUGAAUUUAUCAGAAGGUGCCAAGAUUUGGAGAAGAUGACAGUCAGCGAUGUGUUUGCGACUCAACUGAUGCAGGUCCCACAAGUCACUGAGGAAGUUGCACUAGCUAUCAUUGAUAUGUACCCGACACUUCAUUCUCUUGCCCAGGCCUAUGCUCUUCUGGAUGGAGAUGUUCGUGCUCAGGAGGAAAUGCUUAGGAAGCAAAGCAACAAUGUCAUCGGUGCACUUGCCAGCAGGAACAUCUUUCGGCUGGUUUGGGGUGACUGAGUACUUAAUACUAAACCUACUUUAGAAGUCACAUUUUGUACACAACCGAGUGUAAAUAUAACCCUCGAAUGUGGUGCUUUAGCUGUUAGCAGUAAGACGUCAGGGAUGAUCAUUCCUACUGUGUUCUUCUGAAAAUGAAGUGAAGCGUGCUCUCGGGUCCAAAUUGGGUGUUUCGGCAUGUUUGUUUUGUCUACUGUUAAAAUCGAUGUUAAUACCAGUGGGCGCAGAGAAUGUUUUACGGAGUCCUGUGCAAAGUAAAAGGACAGUUGCUAAAGUACAAGGAAUCUAAUGGAAGCAUAAUAAGAAGAGAUGUGAAAUCUUUUCAUGGCAUAUUACAUUA